AAGAGUUUACUUCCCGUGCUAAACGCAUGUUGGAACUCCACGCGGAUAAUUGAUGUAUUUGUUGUGUCUUGGUUUAUAAGCUACACAACAUUUGUAAACGUCUCUAAUAUAUACAUCAAGUAGUAUUUUUUUUCAUAAACCGCUGACAGCAUGGUUCGAGCACGGAGGAUAGUAAAAAGGCGUAAAGAAAAGAAGCAAGAAGAAUAUGACAGUGAUGAUCCUCAAGCUUAUAAGAAUGAAGCCAUUCCAGAUAAGAGAUCAUCAAAGUAUGUGGAGGAUAAAAUAGAUGAAUUCCACAAAGAAAAAAUCUCAAAACUUUUGGCUCAAGGAAUUGAAGAAGACAGCGACCAAGAGGAUGAAGAUAAAGCGGAGGAGAUCAUGCCCUUGGAACUUUCUGAGUCAGAUGAUGAUGAUGAUGAAGCAGAGGAGGAAGUGCAGGAAGAGGAUAAUGAAGAGGAGACAGACAUGGAAAGUGACCUAGAAGGAAAGCAAGAUGAUGAUCUCCCAAAUGACUUGGCUUGGGGAAACAAAAAGAAGAUUUUCUAUGAUUCUGAUUAUAUCACUAAAAAGGGUAAAUCUCUUGAAGACAUGGAAGCAGAAGACAAAGAGGAAGAAGAGGAGGCCAAAAAAAUUCAAAGUAGAUUGGUAGCCAACCUAAGCGAGGAGGACUAUGAUCUAAACAUGCUUGAGGAGUUUGCAGCAGAGGCUGAAGUGGAGAAAGAGGUUGAAAAAGAAGGAAGGAUUGUAAAGGAUUUAAAGACCAUGUCACAGAAGGAAAAGCUCAAACUGCUAAAGAAAGAAUCACCAGAGUUGCUAGAACUUAUUCAGGACUUCAAAGCAAAGCUUACAGAAUUGAGGGAUGAAGUUCAGCCCCUUUUGGAGAUGGUCAAAGAUGGACGAAUUCCUCCUGGAAAGGGUGCAGAAUACCUCAAAACAAAACAGCAGCUUUAUCUUAACUAUUGCACAAACAUUAGUUUUUAUUUGGUUCUAAAAGCGAAGCGAAUUCCUGCACAUAAUCAUCCUGUGAUUGAGAGAUUACUGACCUACAGAAAUCUAAUAAAUGAACUAGGAGCGGUAGAUGCUAGACUGGCUCCUCAACUGCGUCAGCUUCUCUAUGGAGAACGGCAAGACAGAACCGUAAAGAGACCAGCGGGCAGCAAACAUAUCAAAGUUUCAGGAAAGGCUAGGUUGGAUGAAUCAGAGGAGUCGGAAUCAGACGAGGAAGCGAAUCUGCGCUUUUACAACGCCAUGGCAGAGAGACAAAAACUCAAGAGGAAGAAGAGCGAGAUACAAAACGAGGACAGAUUGGAGGAGGAGGAGGAAGAGACGAUGGACGAAAAUGCUAAAAGAGCGAUCACCUAUCAGAUGUCUAAGAACAAAGGGCUCACACCCAAGAGGAAGAAGAUUGAUCGGAAUCCCAGAGUCAAACACAGAGAGAAGUUCAGACGCGCCCAAAUUCGUCGGAAGGGUCAGGUUCGUGAGGUGCGCCGUGAGGAGACAAGAUACAGUGGAGAAUGGUCUGGAAUUCGUGCUGGAGUUAAGAGGAGCGUCAAACUCAAGUGAUAAAUCUACAGAUGAUAUUCAUCCAAAAAUUGUGAUCUUAAAAUGGAUAUUUCUAGUGUUUCUGCAAUGUUCAUACUCACUUUCACAGAUAUUAACACGAAGAUUUGACAUGUUUUAUGCAACUGCUCAAACAGCAAAUAUAAUAAAGUCAUUUCUGA